UCUGCAGAGCCGCGGCCUCGGGCUGCCACAGCGUCGGGCCCAGCCCCUUCGCCCCCGGCCCGCCGGCAGCAUGGCUGAGGAAAAGUCUGGCAAACCAUAUCUAGAAGAAAGUGCAUUUGAAGCACUGGAAAAAGACUUCCAAGAAGUCAUCAAUCUACUUAAGGGAGAUAAAACUCUGGAAAAAUUCCGAAUAGAAUAUGAGAAGCUCCAUGCUGUUAUGAAGAAGUCUCAUGAAAAUGAAAAUCGUCUGAUGGAGAAAUGCAGGGAUCUGAAUGCUGAACUUGUGGUGAAUUCAUCUAAAGUAGCUGCACUCACAAAGCUCACUAAAGAUGAUCGGGGAACUAUAUCAUCAAUGAAGAUGGAGAUUGAAAAGGCCUGGAAAAUGGUGGAUACAGCCUAUGAAAAGGAACAGAAAGCAAAGGAAACAAUUAAUUCACUUCAAGAGGAAAUUACGCGCCUAACUAAUUUAGUGGAUCAAGGAUCUGGACUGUCGCUGGGACAGGAGUACAAUAUCCAGGAUUUGCUAAAACUUAAAGAAGAGGUAACAAAGGAGCGAGACCAACUGUUGUCAGAGGUCGUGAAGUUACGUCAAAGUCUAACUCAAGCCACAGAGCAGCAGCAGGGUGCAGAGAGGGCAAAAAAUGAGGCAGAUCAAUCCAUUAUGCAGCUUCAGCAAGAAAUCCAGCUGCAUCAGAAUGAGGCAUCGCGUGAGGCUCGAAAGAAGGAAAAAAUGGAGAAGGACCUGAAAAAUCUUCUAGCUGAAAUGGAUAACAAGCAAGCUGAGAUCAAGAAUUUACAGCAACAUAUACAGAAGAACAAAGAGGAACAACUGAAAAUGGAACAGCAUCUAAAAGAGCAGAAGAUCUUGAAUGAAAAAGCUGGUAAGGAACUUGAGCAAUUGCAGAUGAGAAAUAAUAAGCUCAUGCAAGAGAGUGAGCAGCACAGUGUGAUGUUUGAAGAGGUGAUGCAGGACAUCCAGCAGAAGACAACAGAACUGAAAACCAGAGAUGAUGAAGUCACUCAGAUGCGCCUUGAAAUUUCAAAGCUGAAUAAAGUAAGAGAUGUUCUCCAGAAUAAGCUGCGUGUUGCAGAGGAACAAAAAGUUGAUGCAGGACAUGAGAAAAACACCCUAAAAAAUCAAAUAUCUGGACUGGAGAGAGAUUUGGAGGCUGCCAAAAAGCAGGCGGAGAUUGACAAGAAAGCUGUAGAUGAGCUUAUGAGGGAAAGGGAUAUGCUAAGCAAGAACUUGGUCAAGGCCACCAGUGCCACCCAGAAGCAGAUCAAUCUGGUGAAGCUCCAUGAACAGUCAAAGAAGAACUUGGAAGAAGAAAUCCAAAAUUAUAAGAAUGAAGCUCAGAAACAAAGGAAGAUUAUUUACCAACUGGAGAAGGAGAGAGAUUGUUUCAUCAAUGAAAGCAGUGAGCUCAAACAGAAGGUCCUCCAGCACCUGAAAGAUAUUGAAAUACGGGAAAUGCAGAUCUGUGACUAUGAGAAGAAAAUAGAAGAGUCUGGGAUUAAAUUAAAACAGCAACAAAACCGCUGUGAAGCUGUGAGAACAGAGAGGAACCUGUACAGUAAAAAUCUGAUUGAAGCUAAGGAUGAGAUAGCAGAAAUUAAGAAAAAACUGAAAACUCUGACACAUCAAGUGGAUCAGCUGAAAGAGGAGAUCACAGACAAAGAAGCAACCCUUGUGAAAGCACAUCUAGAACAUCAGCAAACAGAGAAGGAGAAGGAAUCAUUGAAAACUGAACUGCUUAAGAUGAAAAAACAGGCACUGGAAACCAAACACUUUAUAGAAAAUCAGGAGGCAAAAGAGAGAAAACUCCUAAAAAUCAUUGCUGAAGCUGAUGCUGAGAGGCUGAAGCAGAAGAAGGAAUUUGACCAGGUUACCAACGAGAGAGAUAUCCUAGGGUCCCAGCUUGUUCGGCGCAAUGAUGAAGUGUCUCUGCUCUAUGAAAAGAUAAAAAUCCAGCAGUCCAUCUUAAACAAGGGUGAAACCCAAUACCGACAGAGAAUGGAAGACAUCCGGCUUCUCAAGCUGGAGAUCAAAAAACUUAGGCGUGAGAAGGGAAUACUUGGCAAGAGUGUGGCUAAUGUGGAGGAGCUCAGACAGGAGGUUCAUCACAUGCGGAAGGAACUAUUAAGGGAACAGACUCGGUGCAAAGCUCUGGAAGAAGAACUGGAGAAUCCCUUGAAUGUUCACAGAUGGAGAAAAUUAGAGGCCAGUGACCCAAGUACCUAUGAGCUGAUUCAGAGAAUACAGAGACUACAGAAGCAGCUUAUCAGCAAGACAGGUGAAGUGAUAGAGAAAGAAUUGCUUCUUCAGGAAAAGGAGAAACUGUAUGUGGAAUUGAAGCACAUCUUGGCCCGGCAGCCUGGUCCUGAAGCUGCAGAACAGUUGCAGCUCUACCGGCACACUCUCCGAGAGAAGACUAAACAACUGAAAGUUUUGUCUUCAGAAUUGAAUAUGUAUGAAUCACAGAGCCAAGAAUACAAAUAUGAAAUUGAAAGACUUGCCAAUGAGCUUCUGAAUGUGAAAAAGAAAUAUCUGGCUCAGAAACGCAAGGAACAACAGGCCAAGGAGAAGGAGCAGUUCUUGACUGACAUGGAGCCUGGGUUUCCACGCCAUAAAUCUGAUGUUCCUCGCUUCACCGGAGGGGGCUUUGCUCUCAGCAGACCCCUUCCCAAAGUUACAGUUUAGGAAUGGACUCAUCUCAUCACAUUCCCAUUCCCAGUUUCUUGCUAAACUCUGUUUGUGCUGGACUGUUUGAGAAGCUAUAAUUUAAAAAGAAAUUUGGAAUCAA